CAUGACUCUACUUCUGGGCAUAACUCCACCCCCGGCCAUGACUCCACCCCUGACCAUGACUCCCCCCCUGCCCAUGACUCCACCCCUGGCCAUGACGCCCCCCCUGACCAUGACUCCACCCCUGGCCAUGACUCCGCCUAUGACCAUGACUCCGCCCCCGGAAAUGACUCCACCUCCGGCCAUGACUCCACCCCUGACCAUGACUCCGCCUAUGACCAUGACUCCGCCCCCGGAAAUGACUCCACCCCCACUCAACAUAAGUGGGUGGAGAUUGUACAGCUGUUCCAUCAUAUAAAAAGUGUGUUCCAACAGUUACGUCACCAUACAAAAAUAACCCAUUUCCCAAAUUCAAACAAACCCUUUGUGCGAACUUUUGUUAUAUAUUCAAUAAGAGAAAUAAAUCAAUCGAAUCCUGAUCCUAGAUCCCCAAACCUGAUCCCAGAGUUCCCAUGCCUCAUCCAAGCUCCCCAAGUUUAUUCCUAGAUCUCCAAACCUGAUCCCAGAGUUCCAUGCCUCAUCCAAGCUCCCCAAGUUUGAUCCUAGAUCUCCAAACCUGAUCCCAGAUCGCUUAUAUCUGAUCCCAGGAUCGCAAAGCCUGAUCCCAGAUCGCAAAGUCUGGUCCCAGAUCGCAAAGCCCGAUCCCAGGUCACCAAGCCCAAUCUCAGGUAGCCAAACCUGAAACCAGAUCUCCAAACCUGAUCCCAGUUCUCUAAACCUGAUCCCAGAUCUCUAAAUCUGAUCCCCAUUCGCAAAACCCGAUCCCAGUAUCGCACAGCCUCAUCCUGGAGCUCCACGUUCAAAGUUUUAUGCCCGAAGAACUUUACAAGCAGCAUGAGUGGCAAGUACAAUACUAACAUUAUAUUUUUGUGUGCGUGCAUGUGUAUAUGUUUAUUUGUGUGUCUAUGUGUGUGCGUGUGUAUGUAUGUAUGUUUGUAUCCAUGUAACGCUCUGUUCAAUAUAAAAAAACAACUACAUCCCGUCAACAGUGCACCAGACAGUGUGUGACGUCAAUUACAAUUCAUAUGUCUAAAUGGUUUUCUUAAAAACAUUCAUUUGUUUUGUAAGGGAAAUCAAAGCAGAUUACUUAUAUCAAAAUAAAUAUGCUUAGACCUAUAUGUAAAUAAAAAAAAAUUAAAAUUUAAGUAUUUAAAAAAACACCCAAAAAACUGUUAAUACAUACAAUCAAAUUCCCAGAAGUCAGCAGUAAUCGAGAACCUUAUGAAGUGAAUAACUGUAAUGGUAAUUUCCGUCAAGUAACUUUGUGUUGUUCGUCAGUCAAGAUCGACUAGGACGAUUUAGUCAUCCAUGACCCCCCCCCCCGAGAUAUAGCUGAAAUAAACCCUGCCUGCUAGUCAGAUCCGUUCUCGGAAUAAAGGACUUUAUAUAAAAAGAACAGUUUAAAAAAAAAAUUAUAACAGGAUAUGGGCCAGGGAGCUAUAUGUCAAAUGUUAACUCAAAGUAGGUAGUAGGCUAAGUCAAAUGUUAACUCAAAGUGGGUCGUUGGCUAACUCAAAUGUUAACUCAAAGUGGGUAGUAGGCUAAAUCAAAUGUUAACUUAAAGUGGGUAGUAGGCUAAGUCAAAUGUUAACUCAAAGUGGGUAGUAGGCUAAGUCAAAUGUUAACUCAAAGUGGGUAGUAGGCUAAGUCAAAUGUUAACUCAAAGUGGGUAGUAGGCUAAAUCAAAUGUUAACUUAAAGUGGGUAGUAGGCUAAGUCAAAUGUUAACUCAAAGUGGGUAGUAGGCUAAGUCAAAUGUUAACUUAAAGUGGAACGUAGGCUAAGUCAAAUGUUAACUCAAAGUGGGUAGUAGGCUAAGUCAAAUGUUAACUCAAAGUGGGUAGUAGGCUAAGUCAAAUGUUAACCUAAAGUGGGUAGUAGGCUAAGUCAAAUGUUAACUCAAAGUGGGUAGUAGGCUAAAUCAAAUGUUAACUUAAAGUGGGUCGUAGGCUAAGUCAAAUGUUAACUCAAAGUGGGUAGUAGGCUAAGUCAAAUGUUAACUUAAAGUGGGUAGUAGGCUAAGUCAAAUGUUAACUCAAAGUGGGUAGUAGGCUAAGUCAAAUGUUAACUCAAAGUGGGUAGUAGGCUAAGUCAAAUGUUAACUUAAAGUGGGUAGUAGGCUAAGUCAAAUGUUAACUCAAAGUGGGUAGUAGGCUAAGUCAAAUGUUAACUCAAGUCAAAUGUUAACUCAAAGUGGGUCGUAGGCUAAGUCAAAUGUUAACUCAAAGUGGUAGUAGGCUAAGUCAAAUGUUAACUCAAAGUGGGUCGUAGGCUAAGACAAAUGUUAACUUAAAGUGGGUCGUAGGCUAAGUCAAAUGUUAACUUAAAGUGGGUCGUAGGCUAAGUCAAAUGUUAACUCAAAGUGGGUAAUGGGAGACAAUACACUAAACAACCAAACACGUAUUAACUCUAAUGAUUGACCUUGCGCUAAGAUCUUUGGCACAACCUUUACUAGGCAGUGAUGGGUUAUCAGAUCAAUCGUUAUCCGAAACAGCCUCGGUCCCGAUGAGUUCGGAAAAUCGAAAGCUUUACUGUACAUAAUAUAUCAUAUAUAUAAUGUGUAUGUUUAAAAAUUAUUUUGUUUUAUAUUUAAGACAAGUUCAAUGAAUUGGAUGACCCAGCUGAGACCGAAGAACCAAAAGAUAAAUGAACUUCACUGUGGAAACAUUUGAAAAUGGCUGUCAAAUCUUGU